GGCCUUGCUUAUACAGACAAAAAUGGCUCGCACCUGGCGGUUUUAAGUCCCUACAGCUCAACAUAUUAUACAGCGAUCAGUUAGUUCGCAUGACGUUGCCUGGGGGAACACUUUUCCUCGAGCGUCUAUAAAUUUCCCACAUCACCCACUCCCACUUCAUUCCUCAAACACGAGCUUUUCUCUUUUUUUCACUCACGGAGAUAUAUUUGGCUGUGAGUAAACAAUCUUUUUUUCCUUUUCUUUUUAGCAAUUUUCAAGUCUGGGGAGUAGUAAUUUUGAUUCAUUGGUUAGCUUCAGGCUCAUUACAUUACUUCUUUAAUUCCAGGAUAAUGGCAUUUGCUGGGCUUCUCUUUCUGGGAUUUUUUUCUUUAAUCUCACUCGCUUCAGGGGAUGAUGGGGGUUGGCUUGAUGCUCAUGCUACCUUCUAUGGAGGUGGCGAUGCCUCGGGUACAAUGGGUGGUGCUUGUGGGUAUGGAAACCUUGAGAGCCAAGGUUAUGGAAGAGACUCUGCAGCUUUGAGCACAGCCUUGUUCAACAAUGGCUUGAGCUGUGGAGCUUGUUUUGAAAUAAAAUGCAAAGAUGAGUCAAAGUGGUGUCUGCCAGGGUCUAUAGUGGUGACAGCCACCAAUUUCUGCCCACCGAACAACGCCCUUCCUAACAAUGCUGGAGGGUGGUGCAACCCUCCCCAGCAUCAUUUUGAUCUCUCUCAGCCUGUGUUUCAACGAAUUGCUCAAUAUAAAGCUGGGAUUGUUCCUGUAUCUUAUAGAAGGGUACCAUGCCAAAAGAAAGGAGGAAUAAGAUUCACAAUUAAUGGCCACUCAUACUUCAACCUAGUCCUCAUAACCAACGUUGGAGGAGCUGGUGAUGUUCAUGCAGUUUCAGUAAAAGGAUCAAGAACCGAUUGGCAACCCAUGUCGAGAAACUGGGGUCAAAACUGGCAAAGCAAUUCAUUGUUGACCGGACAAAGCCUCUCGUUUAAGGUGACGACUAGUGAUGGGCGCACUGUGGUCUGCAACGAUGUCACGCCUGCUGGGUGGUCCUUCGGCCAGACCUUCACCGGCCCACAGUUCCAUUAAUUACAAUCUAAAAAUCAGACCAACCAAAUGCUGCAUAACUCAGUAAAUGAUACAUAGGUAUAGGGAUGUGGCUACUGAUAGUGUUAGUAUUAAUGUUAGUUUUGAGGGUGAAGAAAUAUGACAAGGCUUAGUUUAAAUGUGGUCCUUGUCAAUUAUCCUUUUUAAGAUUUGAUUGUGUUGUAGUUUUGGUUCUGUUCUUGCCAUAUUUGAAAAGGCAGACACGAAAUUUAGCUGUGGUGGACAUUUACCACCCGCAAAAACCUUUCAUUUAGGUUAUUUGUUUAGUUGCCCUAUGCAGCCUCUGUAGUAACCAGCCUUCUGCUGCUGGAUGUCCUGUAAUCUGUUUGCGAGUUGUACCACUAUCUCUUAAUAUAAAUAAAGACUGGAUGUUUUAAGUGACAUCCUCUUAUUCCUUUCAUGA